CACAGUCAAGAACCCAAGUCGAGCUAACAAGUUGGCUGCCAAGCUAACGUAAGCAUCAAACAAAUACUAAAUUUUAAAUAAAACACUUCAAAUCAGCGUGCAAAAUGAACACGUCACAAAUAGUAGUAAUGUUGUGUUUCAUAGUGGGCGUCGCACAAACGGCACUGGCGAUCAAAGAGGACGACUGCGAAGUUUGUGUGAAAACUGUUAAACGUUUUGCCGACACACUGGAUGAUACGACGAAAAAGGAUUAUAAAUUGAUUGAAACUGCAUUUAAAAAAUUCUGCAAGACACAGAAAAACAAGGAACAUAGAUUUUGUUAUUACCUGGGCGGUCUUGAGGAGUCAGCCACAGGUAUUUUGAAUGAAAUGAGCAAACCACUGAGUUGGUCAAUGCCUGCGGAGAAAGUAUGUGAAAAGCUGAAGAAAAAGGAUGCACAAAUUUGCGAUUUACGUUAUGAGAAACAAAUUGAUUUGAACAAUGUCGACCUCAAGAAGCUGAAAGUGCGGGAUCUGAAGAAGAUCCUUAACGAUUGGGAUGAGAGCUGUGACGGUUGUCUAGAGAAAACUGAUUUUAUUAAGCGCAUUGAGGAGCUUAAGCCCAAAUAUUCACGCAAUGAACUGUAAAUAAAUUUAAUUAGUUCUUUACGAGACACGCCCACUCAAAACUACUAUACAACACCCAUACACAUA